CAGGAUUAACCCCCCUAUACAUACCUACCUACUCCUUCAUUCACUUUUAACCGCGGCUCGCCUCCUAUAUAUACACACACCUCUCUUCAACCCUAUUUCUUUUCAUCACUUUGCUUUCGUUGUUUUGUGCUUACUUGUUUUUUUGUUCCCUUACGUUUUCUUUUUUUGCAGAAAAAUAUUUGCUUCUUCUAGCCUACAAGAUGCCGAGUGAAAACCAAGAGCAAUCUGACAAAGAACAGUUCGUCGAAAUCGACCCCUCGGGGCGAUACGGGCGGUACAACGAGCUCCUAGGGUGCGGUGCAGUGAAGAAGGUGUACCGGGCGUUUGAUCAAGAAGAGGGCAUAGAGGUGGCAUGGAACCAAGUCAAGCUACGUAACUUCACCAAUGACCCUGCCAUGAUCGAACGGCUCUACGCCGAGGUUGGGUUGCUGAGAUCCCUGGCAGACAAGAACAUCAUCACCUUGUAUAAUGUGUGGCGGGACGCAGAGAAUAACACCCUCAAUUUCAUGACAGAAGUUUGUACAAAUGGGAAUCUGAGGGACUAUAGGAAGAAGCAUAAGCAUGUUUCAUUGAUAGCCUUGAAGAAGUGGUCCAAGCAGAUCUUGAAAGGGCUUGAGUAUUUGCAUACUCAUGAGCCUUGUGUUAUCCACAGAGAUCUCAAUUGCAGCAAUGUCUUUAUCAACGGGAAUAUUGGCCAGGUGAAGAUUGGUGAUUUGGGAUUGGCUGCAAUUGUGGGGAAGAACCAUUCAGCGCAUUCAGUGUUAGGGACUCCAGAAUUUAUGGCACCAGAGCUAUAUGAAGAGGACUACACUGAAAUGGUGGACAUAUACUCAUUUGGGAUGUGUGUGCUAGAGAUGGUGACCUUGGAAAUUCCCUACAGUGAAUGUGACAAUGUUGUCAAAAUAUACAAAAAGGUAACCUCUGGGGUAAGACCCCAAUCCUUGAACAAGGUCGAGGACCCAGAGGUGAAGGCAUUUGUUGAGAAGUGCCUCGCCCAACCUAGGGCUAGGCCUUCUGCCACUGAACUUCUCAACGAUCCAUUUUUUGAUGAAGUCGAAGAGGAUGAUAAUGAAGAAAAUGUUUACUCUUGAUCAAUCAUGGCUAAGUAAUUAUGUUGUCAGGUGUGUUUAAUUGACUAGUUAAAUAUCCAUUAGUGCUAAUUAUAGUUUUUUUUUUUUUUUUUUUUUUGACUCCAUGUACGAAUCGGGGUUGGUUUUUAACUUUUGAAUUGGUUCCUCUUUUUUAGAAGGGAAAAUUAUAUAAAGAUAGAGUUUUGGGAUCAUGUUGUUGAUUUUGUACAUAGGAUUUUCACAUUACAAAUUAAUUGUUGUUGUUAGAUGAAGAUUGAGUUU